CGAAACCGACAUUUGUUUGCCGUAGUUGCGUGCGACACGAAGUCAGGUGCGACAAAUACGUUCGACCGAAGCCCUACGAAAUGCGCUGCCGUGUCGUAGGCUUUUAAAUGUUACACCACUGCGGUGGCAGAUCGCGUCCUGCAAAAAUUGUUUUCUACUACUACUUUUCGAAUCUCGGUGGCCUCGGAAUGUUUAUUUUAUUUGGAACGUUAUUUAAAAAUGUAUUUGUAUCUGUACACGAUUCAGUCGUCUAUGAUAAAAAUUCUACUCUUCUUCCAUCGUUUAUAACUGUUUUUCGAAAUCAAUUGUAUAUUUAUUUCAAGUUUAUAAAACAGUUCAUCUGUGUCAAUGACCUAUCACCGUACCACCCUCAAAUCUUGCAUCAGGUUGUAUAUUGUUCAUUAUUUUGGUUUCUUAUGUAAAUUUAUAUCCAAAAAUCUUAUUCUUUUAUUUUUCCUGGUCGAUAAUACAUUUGCAACACCUUUUUUUAAUUUGUUCCAUUUUAAGAUUUAGUUGUUUUAUUUAAAUCUAACAUUCGUGUCAUAGUACGCCGUGGAACUAUAGCAACACAGAUAUCUGUUUACAGUCACCUGAGCCCAAUAUUAAAUCGAGAUGGUCAGCAACGUGAUGAAAAUGAACUUGACUGACGAAGAGGUCGAAUCCAUCGGGACCGGAUUCUCGUCGAGGUAUUACGACGCGCUGGCGGGCGAGCCGAACCGGUCGGCUUUGCGGCGGUUUUACAACGACAGGUCGAAGUACGUGGUCAUGCAGCGCGGACGUCCGGAUUACGAGAUGAAGAGUCUUUUGCUCAUUGGACGGUUCGUGAAGCGGAUGGGGUAUAGCGAGUGUACGGUGACCAUCCGAUCGGUGAUCACCGCAGUUCGCCCGACGGCGGAGCUCGUGGUCUUGUCGGUCGGCGAGCUGUUAUACCCCGGGAACAUGGUCCCGCGGAAAUUUACUCAGUCGUUCGUUAUCAAACGCGUUCCGUGGACCGCAGCCGAAUAUCAGAUCGUAGAAAUGGUGUUCAGGUACGAUAACGAUACCGUGGACCAUCGGAUUCCUAUAGCGGUUAACGGCACACCAGUCGUGGCCGGUCCGAAACGAAACGACACUGCCGUGGUUUCCGACGAGAAAGCCACAGGAAAGCUUAAGUGCACGCCGGCGAAUCGUGUUGGAAAAUCGAACGUUACUGGUGGAAAAUCGAUGACCAGCACGGUUCCUGUUGUCGGUUCACUUGCCGCCAACGGAAAAGUCGAUGGCAAAUCGUGUAGCUCGCGAUCUACUCACUCGAGAAAACUCGCCCUGGUGACAGUUUCGGUUACGGGAAACCCGAUUAUGAAAGUGAAACCCGUCAUGAAGGUUAACCUAUCAUCAAAAGACGUGUCGAAGAAGCAAGAGUCUACGAACAACGUACUACAACCUAUUAAGUCGGGAAGACCUGCUCCCGGUCGUAGGAUAACUUUUAUUUUUACCAACCGGUUUAGCUCUCUGGUGGUGGACGACGAUUUUCCAUUGGGUGUCCAAGAGAAACCCAUACGCCAGACCGGAGAAGCACUGGAAGAGUUCAAUUAUGGCCAGUCGGAAAAAUCCAAGUGUACGAAUACCGCUGCAGAGAGCGAUGCAUUGAGAAAGCAUCGGGUUCCAGAGCAGCAAACUGGUAUGGAAAAAUUAACGAAGAACAUUAAGAGUACGUUGUCGGUUGAUACGUUGAAGGAUUCUCCACAAAAACCGCUAAAGAAUAUUCGUUCGGCCGUCGCGUCGUUCGACCGUGUCAAUAAGUUAGCAAAACGCGACGAAUUGUUGGUACUCAAACCCGCUGUGAAAACGGUCCGUGCCGCGGUUCGCAAAGUAUCGAGCGUAGAAAAGGAAGACCAUCCGAUGGAUCCUCUUGUACCGUUGGUUAAGGAUCGAGGCACUUCGACCGAAACCAAACGAAAGUCAAAGAAAUCCAGGAGGAAUCGUAAAAAAACUGUCGCGGCAAUGGCGGCAUUGUCGAUGGUUAGAAGUUUUGAUGAACAAGUGGUGGCGGGAUCCAUCAACAUUUUUUGAACGUUUAUGAAAGUAAUCGUUUGCCCGAUGUGUUUUAACAUCACCUUCAGUCACCUAAAAUAGUAAAACCGAUGGUCACCAAAUUCAAUGACAAUUGGAAGCGGUCCGGUCCAUCGACGCAUUUCAGUUCGAGUAAUAUCAAUUAAUAAUUCACUUGGAACGAUUUUUUUUUCUGUUAAAAAUAAAUCUUAUACCCAUAGAGAUACGGGUAUAUUUAUUAUUUUCUAUGCACAUUAACAUCUGCUUCAAAAUUUCAUUACGGUUUCAAUGUUCGGAUUGAUAUUA